AUGGACACAUUCUCAUUACCAAGCAACAAUAAUCGCAGUCGAACAAGAAUUGCGCGAGCCUGCGACCAAUGUAAUCUCUCACGGACUCGCUGCAAUGGCAAGACGCCCUGUGGACGCUGUCUGGCCUUAAAUUUGACGUGCCAAUACGACCGUGAAAUCAAAAAACGAGGUCGCAGAAGUAAUGCAUCCAAACAAAAUCUCCGUCCUCUUAGAUCGGUAACUGCCAGAGGAUCUUCCGAACCGAACGACAACGAGGACAGUGACACGACGAGACCGUCUCGCUCGACAUCAGUUAAUGCGAUGGGGGGAUCCCAGUUGCGACGGGGUCUGGUCGCCUCCCAAGAAGGCGACCAAUAUGAUCGCCUGCAACUGUCGCCGAGCACGCUGAGAUCCCCGCACGAUGAGCGAGCAGGUCUUGCUGUCGUGGCCGAACCACACCAGACGCUUCAUUCUGCUCGAACGGAUUCGUCCUCUUCCAUCGCGUUCCCAUUCUCCCCCCGUGUGACAGCCAGCCAGGGGAUUCUCCUGCAGUAUCCUUCAUGUCGCUAUCCAUGUCUUGAAACGAUUUUACCAGGGCUGAAAGGCUUCAUGUCGCCCAAUGAGGCCUGCAAUCUCCUCGAUAUCUUCUUCACCGAGCCUGGAAAUUCCCUCUCAAGCUCCCAUUGUCCGUACGCUCUCACCACGAUCCUGCGAAAAAGCUCGCUGCUCCAUCAGUCCCGACCACGGAGCACGUCGCCUGCACUGUUGGCCACGAUCCUCUGGUGCGUGGCCCAAACCGCCGACCGUCGGAUCUACUACGUGCCUGGGGCUCGAGAACGCAUCACUAGCCACUUGUAUUCCCUUGCCAUGUCAUACCUGCGCUUGAGGGAUAUGGACAACUGGCACCGCGUGGCAGGUGGCUGGCAGUUGGAAGACGACUGCACUGUGAAUGUUGAUGGGUGCCAGUCGGAUCAAGCACGGCGGACCUUCAGCGCGGGUCCGCAACCGACUGUGGAUGACGUGCUGACGUUCACUCUUCUUGCCAUCGUGAUAUCCGGCGGCGUCUUCAAGGCCGACUGCCUCAAGUGGUGGAACAAGGCAGUUUGCCUGGUCAAGUAUCUUGGAUACCACACUGAGUCGGGACUAAUGGACAAUACGGGCGUCUCGAACCAGCCCCUUGCCGCCAUCGAAGUGCAUGAAGAACGGCGGAGGGCAUUUUGGCUGGUAUAUGUUCUGGACAGACAUUUGGCGCUCUCAUUUAAUCGACCGUUGGAUAUUCUGGAUGCCGAGUGUCAAGUUCUUAGUCCACUACCCGAGGAUAUCUGGCAGAACCUGGAUAUGAUUUCCCCUGAUGCCAUACCACGCCCUGUUUAUGGACCGCCCACCACCAUAUCCGGCCCUGGACUAUUCGAAUACUUCCUCCCUCUGAUGGCCAUCCUGGGGGAUAUCAUCGACCUUCGACUACGGCGCCACCACCCUCGACUCCCCGUAGACGAUGGUUCUUCAUGUCUCGACACCAUCCGACAAGCUCUAGCCCACUGCGAAACGAGCCUGGGGGAGUUCGCAGCCGCCGCAAUGUCACCGACAGAUCCCCCACCGGGAACCCUAACAAAGACUCAAGCGCAGCUGGUAGUGGCCUACGGGGCGUACAUUAUCAAGGUUCUCUACGUCCUCCUGCACGGUGAGUGGGACGCCGUCUCGAUGCUGGAGGACCACGGGAACUGGAUCGCAUCGCCCAGUUUCUCCGAGUGUGCCUCAAACUCCAUUGCGGCCGCUCAGUCCAUCACCGACAUUCUGAGUGUUGAUCCGGAACUUUCAUUCAUGCCGUAUUUGUUCGGCAUCUAUCUAUUUCACGGCAGUUUCGUCCUGCUACUCUUUGCCGAACGAAUGCCGCAGAUUGGACCCAACGAAUCCGUGGAACAGGCCUGCGAGGUGAUCAUCCGCGCACACGAGGUCUCGAUCGUCACCCUGAGCACGGAUUUUCAGAAAACUUUCCGUAAGGCCUUCCGGUCAAUCCUGUACAGCGUUCGACGCCCGGAUUCGGUCGAUCCGGAGUUUCCAGUGCUCCGGAAGGAGGUGUUGUCCAUGUAUCGGUGGACGAUGGGAUAUCGGGGGCUCUGUCUCUGA